AUGACGAUUACUUUGGAUGAUGUUGCCAAUCUUCUCGGAUUGCCUAUUAGGGGUGAGUUCUACAGUCCAUCCGAUGUAGAUAGAGUAACGGCAUGUAAUCUUGUCGUCCAUCUAUUAGGAGUGACCACGGAAGAGAUCUGGGAGGAGACCAAAAAGACUAGAGGUGCACACUAUAGAUUGGAUUGGUUGAAGGAGGUGUUCAGAAGGCAGUGUGCAGCAGAGAGGUUUGACUGUGCUGCUAGGGCAUAUCUGUUGAAUUUAGUCGGGAGUACUAUUUUCACUGAUAAGAGUCAUACUCUAGUUGAUGCGAAGUACCUUCCUUUAUUCAGAUAUUUAGAUGGUAUAGAUAAAUAUGCAUGGGGUACUGCUGUACUAGUGGUGUUUUAUGACUACCUCUCAGAUGCCUGCUAUUAUGACACCAAACAGCUAUGUGGAUAUAUGACGCUGCUUCAGGGUGCUGACGUGGAAUGUUUUGCCCGAAUGAAUAGAUGGUGCUAUAAGCAAGGCAAGCAUAAGGUCCACGAAUACAGAAGUAUUAUUGAUGCAUUGACACCUGCAGAUGUUAUAUGGAGACCAUGGGAGAAUCACAGGGGUGUCAUUCCUUUUGAUGAUAUCACACUUUAUACUGGUCACAUUCGAUUAUGCAGCACUGUAGUGAAAUAUCUACCAGAGAGGUGUUUGAGACAAUUCGGAUAUAUCCAGUAUAUUCCUUCACCGCCACUUCCAGAUCCUGCUAGAUUAUUUGAUGUAGAUGUGGAAUGGUUGGGAUAUGUGACGCCAGUGACAGAGCUAUUUCCCAAGCUUCGUCCAGCUACAUAUCCAUCUGAGUGUGAAGAUGGAUAUUUGGAGUGGUUCUAUCAGGUGUCUCAUCCACUGCUGGUGCGACCAGAUGGUGUACCUCAGGUCCCACGUUAUAGUGUACCGCCCACCAGUGCAGAUGCUUCUAGUUCACAGCCGCCACCUAUCCUACAGCAGAUCGGUGAUCUUAUACAGCAGGGGUUGAGUGAACAUCAAGCUAGUCCAGAUGAUGAGUUGUAUAGGCACUUUUAUAAAGCUUUGUAUUUAUCACGUAGUCGCACUAGUUAG